UGUGCAAGCUCUCAGCUGUUAGAGAGCAGUCAGUCUGCAGCCUAGACUCGAGCAGGACCCGUUAGUGUUUGCUUAUUCUGCUGCUGCUGCUGCUGCAGCACUGGUCCAAACGUCAACAUUUAAACAGGAUACAAAAGAACUUAUGUUUAUCCUUAGUUUUAGGAAUUGUCACCAAAGGAGUGAUAAAGGAAUUAAACAUCCUUUAAAUGGUUGUUUUUUUUGUUUCUCUUUCAUUUCCUUCUUCCUGUCCAUUGUUUUCAACCCAGCAGAAUCUCGUUCUCACAACAACAGCAACGGAUUGUGAGGACCUCUUUGGAAACAACGUGCAAGACACCAGGACUAGUCUUCUGUGGAUCUGCAGCAUUUGAGAGAGUGGGUGCGUGUCCCUGCCAAACGAGGCUCCCACCGCAUUGUGUGUGCGUGCUUGAGGAGUCUAAUGCCCGCGGCGGUGUUGUCAGGGCCAGAGGAGGAUGAGUCCGGCUGUGGAGGCUCAGGCCGAGGAGGUCAUGAAAGCAGAGGAGAAGCAGAAGCAGCAGAACCAGCUGCAGCACCAGCAGUGCUACAUGGACAAAGGGGUGAUGCUUGAGCCCUUCGUGCACCAGGUGGGGGGACAUUCCUGCGUUCUGCGCUUCAGCGAGCAGACCAUCUGCAAGCCCCUCAUCCCACGCGAGCAUCAAUUCUACAAGAGUCUGCCUGCUGCAAUGAGGAAGUUCACACCUCAGUACAGAGGUGAGGUGUCGGUGAGCUUCGAGGAGGACGAGGAAGGGAAUCUUUGCCUCAUCGCUUACCCGCUGCACAGCGACCCAGCGACAGAUCUGGAGAACAAGGACCCGUCGGCCGACUGCGAGCCCAAGAGCAAGUUGCUCAAGUGGGGCAAAAUGGUGGCGUCGUCGCUGCUCGUGGACAGUGACAAUUACAGUAAAGACGGCCGGAGCCGCCACACUCGCAAAGACAAGGACAAGAGCAACGCGGUCCCGCAGCUCACACACAACCCGUGGAGUCUCAAGUGUCACCAGCAGCAUCUGCAGAGGAUGAAGGAGAACGCCAAGCACCGCAACCAGUACAAAUUCAUCCUGUUAGAGAACCUGACAUGGCAGCACACGGUGCCGUGUGUGCUGGACCUGAAGAUGGGGACGCGGCAGCACGGGGACGAUGCCUCGGAGGAGAAGAAGGCCAUGCAGAUCCGAAAGUGUCAGCAGAGCACGUCGUCCUCAAUAGGAGUCCGUCUGUGUGGCAUGCAGGUUUAUCAGUCUGACACAGGACAACUGACGUUCAUGAACAAGUACCACGGCCGCAAGCUGAACCUGCCUGACUUCAAAGAGGCUUUGUUCCAGUUCUUUCACAGUGGACAGCGUCUCCGACAGGAGCUCCUCUCGCCGGUGCUGCAGCGACUCAGAGAUAUGAAAGCUGCUCUGGAAGCCUGCGAGUCCUACCGCUUCUACUCCAGCUCCCUGCUCAUCAUCUAUGAUGGCGCGCCGCACCGCAAACACACACGCCGACGCACUGAGGGCGGACUCUCUGAAGAAGAAGACGAGGACGAGGAUGAUGAGGAGGUGGAGGCUGAGCCAGAAAUGGAGGCAGAAGAGGAGGGAGAAGUAGCAGGAGCGCUCGUUUUCCCUCACAGCUCGUCAACGCCGAGUGACGUCAGCAGCAGUUGCUCCAGCAGCAGCAGCAGUGAGAGCUCAGGUGUCAGCCAGUCCCGUCUGUCCCUCUCAGACUCCUGCAGCCCCCUGGUGGACGUGAGGAUGAUAGACUUUGCUCACACCACCUGCAGACAUUACUGCGAGGACAGUGUGGUGCACGAGGGCCAGGACAGCGGCUACAUCUUUGGCCUCCAGAACUUGAUCACCAUCAUCUCCGAGCUGGAGAACCACAGCACAAACUGAAGCCACACACAGGUGCAGAAACACACACACACACUGAACUGUAGAAGACAAGAGGAGUGGACUACUGAAGAGAUUUAACCUCCUCUUAUUGUAACUGUCUUUUUCUUUGCACCUUCCUGUUUCUGCCGCUGGUGUUUUCAUGAUGUACCUGACGUCCCUCAUCGGGAUUUGCACGUAACAUAGAGGACUGACCUGUUGUCAUCGUUCUGUUUUAACCCACGAAUAAAAGCAGUUUGAAGCGUAAGACAGAAGAAAUGUCCCCCUCAUCAUGUCCUAUUCCAAAGAAAGUGUCGGUGUUUUGCGCACACACAUAUUUGCACUUAAACACACUCUGCUGAGUGAGUGUGUGUUUGGACUGAGACAGGGUUGGGAGCACGGGCCGUCGUGUGUGUGUACAAGGACAUCGUUGACAGGAAGAGACACUCUCCGUCCUUCACCCUUUGCCUGUUCAUCCCGCCAUCCUUCUCUCCCCGUUCAUCGCCACUCAAAGAGAGUAUAUAUUCAUAUCGCUAUCAGAGACAGAGGAUAUAUAUAUAUAGUUAUUUAUUCAUUUGACAUGUUUCAUAAUAUAUAACUAAACGGUCAAAACAGGAUGUGGAUGGAGAGAGAACUACAUUCCAUGUUAUUAAUGUUACAAUAAUGAUAUAAAUUAAUAUUGUUAUUUUGACAUGUUUGGAUACCUCUAUCUUGUACAUCUGUCUUUGUCCACAGUCUGUUGGAGGACAAAAUUAAAGACUGGUUUGUGCUAA